AUGCGGAUGCCGCAUCAUAUCAUUGAGGCUCGUCGUUAUGAUUCCCGUACUACCAUUUUCUCGCCGGAAGGCCGAUUGUACCAGGUUGAGUAUGCGAUGGAAGCCAUUUCACACGCCGGUACAUCGCUAGGCAUUCUGGCGAAGGAUGGUAUAUUGUUGGCGGCGGAGCGUCGCAACACAAACAAGCUGUUGGACAAUGUAAUCUUCUCCGAGAAGAUUUACAAGCUGAACGAAGAUAUGGUGUGUUCAGUGGCCGGCAUUACUUCCGAUGCGAAUGUCCUUACCAACCUCCUCCGGGUCAUCGCCCAGCGAUACCAACUGAACUACGGGGAGGCUAUGCCCUGCGAACAGCUUGUCUCUCACUUGUGUGAUGUGAAACAGGCAUACACGCAGUAUGGUGGCAAGCGGCCUUUCGGUGUUUCCAUCCUGUACAUGGGAUGGGAUAAGCAUUACGGAUACCAGCUGUACCAGUCGGAUCCCAGCGGAAACUAUGGUGGAUGGAAAGCCACUUGUAUCGGGAACAAUUCAGCGGCCGCUGUUUCCGCUCUAAAGCAGGAACUGAGCGAUAGCGAUAUCAGUCUAACGCAAGCACAGGAUUUGGCUGUGAAAGUACUGUCCAAAACGCUGGACAUGACCAAGCUUACAUCAGAAAAGAUUGAAAUGGCUGUUCUUACGCGUGAAAAUAAUAAGACGGUCAUAAAAAUUUUGUCCAGCACAGAGGUCGACGGAUUAAUCGCAAAGUACGAGAAGGCAGAGGCUGAAGCAGAAGCAGCCAAGAAGGAAAAACUUGGUCAAACAUCAAAAUAA